GUUGACAUCUAAUGCUUCGUAUGUAUAAAACGUACGUUACCCGAUCAGUUCAUUGGCAAUUCUUUUUGCAUGAUCUAUUAUAAUCUUUGUCAUAAAAGUAGCUUAAUCAACCGCCAAAAUUGAGAAUAAAAUGCGAAGAACUCAUACAAAUUAUGCUUAUGAACCAUUGCCAACCACAAGCCAUGGGGGCUUGGAAGAUGAAAAUGAAAGAAUGACAGAACAUUUAAAAGAUAAAAUUCAUGCUUUGAAAUCCUUGUCGAUUGACAUUGGAAAUGAAGUACAAUAUCAAGAUAAAAUGCUUCGUGACAUGGAUGAAGAUUUUGAAAGAACAAGUGGUUCAUUAACAGGUUCAGUUGCACGUGUAUUACGUUUAUCCAAAGGAAGUCAUUCUUAUUACAUUUUAUAUUUAUUGUUAUUUUCCAUAGUUGUCUUUUUCAUAUUAUGGGUAACAUUGAAAUUUUUUUAA